AUGAUAAAACAUUCUAACAGACAUAUAUUAUUUUAUUGGACAGAGGAGGAGGAGGAGGAGGAGGAGGAGGAGGAGGAGGAGGAGGAGGAGGAGGAGGAGGAGGAGGAGGAGGAGGAGGAGGAGGAGGAGGGGCAGGAGGAGGAGGAGGAGGAGGAGGAGGAGGAGGAGGAGGAGGAGGAGGAGGAGGAGGAGGAGGAGGAGGAGGAGGAGGAUGAGGAGGAGGAGGAGGAGGAGGAGGAGGAGGAGGAGGAGGAGGAGGAGGAGGAGGAGGAGGAGGAGGAGGAUGAGAAGGGGAGAAGGGGGAGGAGGAGGAGAAGGAGAAUAAAGAGGAGAAGACGUCUUUAUGGGAGGGCAGUAGAGAGAGAAGGGGCGGGUGGGGAAUGGAGGAUUGGAAGGAAAUAUCCCAGGCUGACAGCAGCAGUAGCAUCAGCAGCAGCUGCAGCAGCCUUGGGAUUGUCGGCAGUGCACUCAGUAGAAGCACCAGAGGGGGACAGCAGCAGCGCUGGCGUGGGUUCAGGGCGAGAGGGAUCCGCAGGUGGGGCAACGCCGGCAGUGGACUGGGGUGGUGCAGGAAGGGGAGAGGGAGGUGAGGGGGCGGCAGUGGGGAGCAAGCACACGGCGCGCUGGCGAGUGUUCACAGACCGAGGCAGGGAGCUCUUCUCACAGGGUCGGCUACGGGAUGCAGAGCGGUACCUGCAGAGGGCUAUAGAGGAGGCGAAGGCGGGCUUUGGAAGAAGCAGAGCAAUACCUCUUUCCACCCCUCUCCAUCUCUCUGCACCCCCAGGGUCGCCUACGGGAUGCAGAGAGGUACCUGCAGAGGGCUAUAGAGGAGGCAACGGCGGGCUUUGGAAGAAGCAGAGCAGUACCUCUUUCCACCCCUCUCCAUCUCUCUGCAACCCCAGGGUCGGCUACGGGCGGGAUGCAGAGCGGUACCUGCAGAGGGCUAUAGAGGAGGGUCGAUUACAAGAUGCAGAGCGGUACCUGCAGAGGGCUAUAGAGGAGGCGAAGGCGGGAUUUGGGCCGUCUGAUCCGCACGUGGCGUCCUCCUGCAAUAACCUGGCAGAGCUGUACCGAGUAAUGGGGGAGUGGGAGGCAGCAGAGCGUCUGUUCCAAGAGGCUGCAGAGCGGCUGAGAGCGCUGGAAAUGCCUCUGCCGCUAGCAGCCACCCUGCACAACCUGGGAGGGCUGUACCUGCAGCAGGCUCAGCUGGGGCAGGGUCAACUGGUGCAUUCUCAACUCGGGAAGGCUGAACUGGGGCAGGCUCAGCUGGAGAAAGCUCGUGUGUGCUAUGAGCUAAAGGCCAAGGAGCUGGGCGAGUCCCACCCAGACUACGCCAACACCAUGUUCCACCUCGCAGAGGUGAGUGAGGGGUAG